UUUUAUAAAUUAGACAUCAAAAAUACUAUUUCAUCCAUGCUACAUAUUUGAUAAUUUCUUAGCGAGUAUUUGGUAGAAAAAUGAUUCCUCGAUAAGACGUUUGUUAAAUCUACAAUAUGAAUAAUUAAAAAAUUGCGACAACAUGAAAAAAGCCACGCCAACGCGAUCCCUUACAAAACUGUCGCGCUUACAACUCGCGCAGAAACCAUACGGAUUCUGCUGCGAAGAGAAAGAUCAGGAUCCCGAUAAAUAUUAUGAUAUGCAAAAUCCACCCUUUGCAUCAUCUCUGACGAAUGUAAUUCUGAACGGCGGCGGCCCCGGUAUUAAGUUUCGAGUUGAUGAUAUUGAUCGUCCACCAUAUUCUGUUCAACUUCGUAGAAUUUUAGAAGUGAAAGGAGUAGAUUAUCUAGGGCGUUGCAAGAGAUGUCGAGGUCCUUUGCGAUGGUAUUUGGAGGACGAAAUUGCACUAGCACGUGAGACCAUGGCUGAGGAAAGACAAAAUAAUUACAAGGAGAACAUGAAAAAAAAUUUAAAGAUCGCCAGACGAAAGAAAAGAAGACGCAAAAGUCGCAUUAAAGGAAUCAAAUUUCAGAAGAAGAAUAUUUCGGAAUUGUAAGCAGCACAAAAUCAUCAAGAGUUGGCAAAAUGAUUACUGUACUUGUCUUGAAUAAUAUAAGAAAGAUUAUUAUGAGUUUAAUUAAAUAUAUACAUACAUUAUAUAAUGAAACCCAAAAAUAAAAAUUAUGGAUUGUAAACGAGA